AUGUUGCACCUGAGUUCUCCAACUGUUUGGCGAGCUCCUCCAUACGUGAAGAAUGUAUCGAAAGCGGUCAGCCGCCUGCUCACCCCACAUGGAGUUGGAGAUGCGCAAAGGCCAGAAGCAACCACCAGGGGUCGGGUCAUGAGACUGAAAGACCCACUGCCAUGGCAGGCACCAGAUAGAGCCCUUUACAGCUGCAGUUGUGGACAAAGACUCUACUUCGGAGAAAACGGAAGAUUACUAUGGACGAGAAUGACCGAGCACACAACGGUGGUUAGAAGGAAAUACGCCUACUACGACGCUACGGCUCUAUUGACGGGAUCCGGCCAUAGUUUCAAGUUUAAUGAGGCCGAAAUCCUCGCAAAAGUAGACAACCACGUGAGCCGCGAUCUGCUUGAGUCAUGGUUCUCAGGCCCACCGUCAGUCAACAAGUACGACCAAUUGCAGUUCCCAUACUCCGUAAUGAGACAUUGUCUAGGCAGGAGAAUCAGUCAUGUGGAAAGGUCCGGGCCCUGCAACAACUCCGACGACAACGAACAUAAGUGUCGUGCAAUUAUCAAGCCCGCAUACAACACGAACAACGAAAAUGCGGCAAUUAAUGAUUCAAAAGCGAAGUCCCAAGCUAUCACGGCACCAAUUAUGAUCCCCAGUGGUGGCUACAGGAGCUGA